GCGAAAAAUCAUUUUGCAAAUAAUAAUAUAGAAUUGACCAAGACGUUUUCUUCAUUAGAAUCUCGAACGACCAAUAGCACAUGAUUUUUGGAACUAUUCUGAAUACGUAUUGUUGGCAAAAAGCAUAGGAUUUAUUUUUUUUAAACAAUUGCCUAAAGUAACUUUACAAAUUCAAGCAUAACUAAGACAGACCUUCUUAGGUUUUACUAUUUAGUUAACCUAGUUUUAACCUAUAGCAAAGUCUUCUUAUAUAAGCACUGAGUAUCUUACGUCAGUGAAAAGGAAAUUUUACAUAUCUAAACUGAUAUACAACAAACAAGAACAAUAGUUAUGCUAUAAACAAAGGGGUAACUACAACGUUUUAUUGUUUGUUUGAAAAAACCAAAGCUCCAAAAUGUCUUGUCUUCUCAUUCUCGUCUCCAUUGCCUUAGCAAUAACAUUCAGUAAUCAUUCUUCAGAGGCAGCAAAUCUACCUCUAACGAUCACUGACAUUGUCCUAUGCAACAACAAUAACAUCUUAAGAUCAGGAUCAUCUGGCAAGCUUGAAUGCAGAUUCAGACGAUCAAAACUGAUCUUAGGGCAGGAGACAAAAGGUCAUCACGGGGAAUCCCACGUUUUAUGUCUUGAACACAAAAGGUGUUCAAGAAACGAGAAAAAUCAGAUAUUAUUCGCUCUAAAGAAGCAUCCGGGGAGAAAGUCUAAACGGAUUCUGAAACAAAUAAGAAAAGCAAAACAUGUUCAGUUUCAAUACAAGAAGCAAAAUAUAAGAGACAAGAAGUUUUUUUCCCCACAUCCAUGGUUUCUUCCCCCAAACCCGUUUGCACCACCACGUUCGAUUUUCCCACCAAACCCUUUUGCACCACCCCCUUCGAUUUUCCCACCUAACCCGUUUAAGCCACCGUCUCCUUCGAUUUUCCUUCCAAAUCCGUUUCAUCGACCGCCUCCUCCGAGAUUUCCUCCAUUAUUUCCUCAGCCUCCUCAUGCUCCUCCUCCGUCGAUAUUCCCUCCAAUAUUUCAUCAGCCACCACCUUCUCCUCCUCCAUCGUUUUUUCCUCCAAACCCAUUUCAGCCUCGGCCUCCCCCCACUCCUCAUCCAUCGUUAUUCCCUCCAAUGUUUCCUCCGCCACCUCCCGCUCCUCCUCCACCAUUUUUCCCUCCAGUGAUUCCUCAUCCUCCUCCAGUUUCCCCUCCUCCUCGAUCAUUUUUCCCUCCAAAUCCAUUUCAGCCUCGUCCUCCUCAGCUUCCUCCAGCUCCUCCUCCAUCGUUUUUCCCUCCUAUAUUUCCUCCACCUCCUACUGUACCAGUUCCAUCUCCUCCAUCGUUUUUUCCACCAAACCCAUUUAAGCCUCGUCCUCCUCCUCUUCCCAGUACUCCUCCACCUCGCUCUUUAUUUCCUCCACUGCCGCCAAUCUUUCCAGGUCUGCAUCCUCCUCCACCACCACCACCACCUCCUCCUCCAUCCUCUCACUUUAUUUUUCCAAUUCCGCCAUUCCCAUUUUUUCCACCACCUCGUAACCCUGGCCCUCCUCCUACUCCAACUUUUUCAGCAAACAAACAACAUACUUAAGCAGACAAGAGUAUUAAUUAUAUACUAGGUAAUAAUCCAUGAUUUGGUUUCAUUAUUUUUUAAUAAGGAGACAUAAAAUCUGUUUAAUCUGGAUAUAGUUUUGAUUUUCGGCUGUUUUUUGUUUUGUUUUUAAUCUCCUAAAUAUAACUAUCUAAAUCAAUAUUUAUUUUAGUUUAAUUGGUUAAAAUGUUUGAUGUUUCUGGUUUUUCCAGUGAUAGUCAAAAAUUACUAUUAUUUGUUUGUUUUCCUAUUAUGAAUUUUAGAUAAUCCUUAUGUCAAAUCAAGGCUUUCAUAUUAUAGUUUCUAAAUGGAUAAUAGUUAAAAACAAAAUUACUAAGACAAAUCAUUUCAUUACAAUUUGGUUUAGUAAAAGAAACAUUAAAAAAAAUAUA